AUGGAAAAAACAAAAAUAGAGGCUCUCUUCAUCUACGAUGAGGACGUGAAAAAGGCCGACAAAUCCGUCACAGAUGAGGAGCUACAGGCAGAGAAGGUGAUCUACUACUACCCAAACGAAACAGACGAACAGGUCAAAGUAACGCACACGAGCACCAUGGAAGCAAAUCACACAUGGACCAUAUAAAUGGAACUCCUCAUGUGUAAGUUGCUGCACUCAGUUUUGGAAAACUUCAUCUCGACCUUCACUCUGCUACACGGACACAUCCGGACCUUCUUGAAGUAUAAGAAGAACAAAACGACAGGAAAUAUGAACAGAAAAACGAGCCUACAGACUCUCUUGGAUGACUAUGUGUUUACCUACAUAAACACGAUUAACAACGAGUGUGUGAGUAUUCACAACGCGGUUUGGUGCCCCUCACAUGACUGCCUCCACACGGUGUACGUAAAAUGCCCCCCUGCAGGCUUGCAAAGCUUUCAUUUCUUCCCUGUGGAAAAGCAUACCUACAUUACUGUGCAGAACCUCAUUUCGUCACUUAUACUAGGACAGAAGCAGAUAAAGCACGGGUGUCUUCUGUACGAAGGGCACUUGGUUUACUCAAGCCUUGAAAUGAACGACACAAAGAUGAUAUACAAUUAUUUGGUGUCCUACGGGGGAACGGUAAACAAUUUAAAGUUAAAUCAGCACCCCUUUAGGAAAAUUGCAUCCUCCGCUGCCAUCAACGCAAAUGGAGGCUUGUCCAGCUUCGCCCGGUGCAACACGAUCGACGAGAAAAAUGCCUUUCUGCUAGGGAUCAAGAAAUCGUCCAUCUUCAUGCCAGUGGUGAGCCUCGGUGCGGAGAAAAAAUACAAACUAAUGGCAUUCGUUUACAAAGGUAUCCUCCUCGUACUGCUCAUCAAGGGGAGCACCAUCAAGGAUGAAGACUUUGACAUUCUAAUCGAUGUGCAAAACAAAUGUACAAAUGAAAACUCGAGUAGCAUACACAGCUUGUCCAAGCUAAACGAGAUCCUCUCCUUGCAGUUUAAAAAGUACAUAAAUCAGGAAGACCCAGCAAGGUACUUGUAUUACAACCACUUUAGUAACUCUAUUAAGUACUCCAUUAACAAUAAAAAAAUAAAUAAUGAAGAACUUUUCCUAGUUGCUGACUUCCACUUUCUCCUUGUGGAUUCAGAAAUUAAACAAAAUAAAAUAAAAUUUAACAAAAUGGGAUCAGCUACCAUGGAAAAAGAAAAGGCACAUUUAUCAAAGGAAUUAUUCAAUUUUGAGAAUCACUGUAUUUAUAAAGUGAGCGAAAAGGAGAAAGGAAGGAUCAUCCUCUCCCUGUCGAAAAUGAUAACUUAA